AUGUGUCUGGGCUGCCCAGUCCAAGCUGAGAGUGAACCGUGUGGGCUUAGCGAAGGCUUUGCUCAGGCGGUUCCUAAAGUCGGAGGGCAAUGCGUGAGGCUGGUUUCACAGAACAGCGACCACUUCCCUCUCUCAGCGGUGGACGGAUCACAGCUCAACGCCACCCGGAUUCACCAUGGCUCGCUGGCUCCCGGAGUUGCUUUCACAUCAAGGAACAUCUUGCUUCUGUCUCACCAUCAAGAUCCAUCUAAAGCUGGUGUGUGUAGCAACUUCUUGUGCAAUGCCAAACCUGGGGAUAAAGUCCAAAUCACCGGUCCAUCUGGGAAGGUAAUGCUUUUACCUGAGGAUGAUCCUAAAGCUACUCACAUAAUGAUUGCUACUGGAACCGGAGUUGCUCCGUACAGAGGAUACUUAUGUCGUAUGUUUAUGGAGAACGUUCCUAGUUUCAAGUAUGAUGGUCUCUCGUGGCUCUUCCUCGGUGUGGCUAACGCAGACAGUCUUCUCUACGAUGAAGAAUUCGCCGGUUUUCUCAAGAACUAUCCAGAGAAUUUCAGGUAUGAUAAAGCUCUGAGCAGAGAAGAGAAGAACAAGAAAGGAGGGAAGAUGUAUGUGCAGGACAAGAUUGAAGAGUACAGCGACGAGAUAUUCAAACUUCUUGACAGUGGAGCUCAUAUUUACACAAAUUAA